AUGGGGAAAGCUGCGCUCAUGUCAAAGAUUCUUGGAGACGUGCUCUUCAACCUUUGCACCGGCCAUUACGAGAAGGGCAAGCCUACCAACGAGGCAAGGACCGCGGCACGGAAGAAGAACUGCAUGGAGUGUAUCGACAAAGUGCUUGAAGCAGUGGUGGGUCCCGGGGACCUCCUGUCCUCGGACGUGCGAGCCGAGUUUGCUGCCGAAGCCUAUGCAGCCUGGGGCUCUUGCAAGGGAUGCCUCGCUGCCAAGCAAGCAAAGUUGCCGCCGAAGGGCACCGAUUUUGCCAAGUACAACCUGGAGAUCGAGCAUGAGUUCACAACCACCGGCCCCUUCAGAGACUUGGCACAUGGAAUCGUGAAUCGCCAGCAGAAGCUGGACGAGGGCUUCUUCCACACUUUUGUGGAGCGCCUGAGGCAGGCUUUUGGCAGUGACUCCAGCCUGGGAGACGACGACUUCCAAGCCAUGGCCAUCGAGCUCAACACGAUUGCGGCCCUCUGCGCGGGGGUGCGUGCCUUCUGUGCUGCCAGCGGCUACGAGGUGCCUCCACUACCCUCCAAACCAAAUCCGUGCCAGCCUUCUCGCUUCCAGCGAGUGUCGGAUUACUCCACAGGCCCCCUGAGAAUGGACAAAACCAUUGCUUGGGUCCCAACGCUUCCUACAUCACAGCUCCGAAAAGAUGUUUUGCAGAGCUUCAACAUCGACUGGUUCGUGUGGUCUUUUGCAGGGAACAACCCGGGGGGCCCCACCUCCAAAGCCAGCGCCGCCCCCCUCACAUGCUGGGAGUUUAUGAAGUUCAUGGAUGUCAUGUAUGUGCCGGUCCAGGAUGCCCCACGAUUCCUCAAGGUUCCGGGCCAGGAUCGGACACUGAACAGGGGACAGCUGGAGGUGGCGGCCGCUGACUACACCACUGGCAAGGCCUGCAACUUCUGA